AUGCAAGUGAUAACGUUGUACGCCGCUGCCCUCCUUGCUGUAACGGGUGAUAUUGUUGUUUCCGCACGACCGUCAAGUCGAACAUCCUCAGCAUCCGUUCCUACUGGCACUUCAUAUCCUGAUGGAUUCGAUAUGAAGACCAGCUGGGGAAAUCUCAGUCCAUACAAGGAUGCUGAUAGGUUCAACGUGACAAAGGGGUUUCCUACGCAGUGUGAGCUAUCGCAGGUACAUGUCCUACAUCGCCAUGCCGAGCGCUACCCAGGCGAAACCAUAGGCGACGGACUGAACAUGACGAUUUUUGCAAACAAACUUGCUGAAUAUGCAAAGAAAAACCCCAAAUCCAAGGUAGCCACGGGCCCAUUGGAGUUUCUCAACAGCUGGGAGGACACACUGGGUUAUAACGAUCUACUUCCUACCGGUGCUGGCACCGAAGUGAGCGCAGGCGCUGGAUUCUGGAGCCAGUACGGUCGUUUGUUAUACCGUGCUGAGGGUGCUCAGGCAAAUUGGAACAAUUCCUUGAACGUGUGGCCCAAUGGAACGGCCCGCGCAAAGCCCACAUUCCGCACAACCUCUUAUCCUCGGAUCUUGGAGAGUGCCCUUUGGUGGCUGAGUGGCUUCUUCUCGAACACAGAUGCGAAUAGUUCGUCCUCAAACUACAACCUCGUCAUCAUCCCCGAGGAAGAUGGAUUCAACAACACGCUUAGCCCGACAUCUGCGUGUACAAUGGGCGCUCAGGAUCCAGUUGGGUCCUAUGACCUCAUUCUUGCUUAUCAACCAUAUGUCACUACAGGUGCCCUUGAACGUUUUUCCAACUACUUUCCUACCGACUUCGGCCUCAACAUAUCUGAUGUGUGGGGUAUGAUGAACUUUUGUCCAUAUGAAUAUGCCGCUCUUGGUGCAUCUUCCUUCUGCUCGCUCUUCACCGAGCAGGAAUGGCGCAACUUCGAAUAUGCGCUCGACAUCGAAUAUUAUGGCAACUUCGGCUUCGGGUCUCCAAGUGGACGCGCCCAGGGCAUUGGAUAUGUGCAGGAGCUUGCAGCUCGCUUGGAGUCGCGUCUCAUCAUGAGCAGUGAUAGCAGCAUCAACUAUACUUAUGAUGACAAUACCAAGGACUUCCCUCUGCAUCAGCCCAUGUAUAUGGACAUGACCCACGACAACACCAUUGUCUCGGUUCUGACUGCUUUGGGACUGGAGUACUUCAACUACGGACCUUAUGGACUUCCAUUGAAUGCCACCAAGGCCCCUCGACGCACAUUCCAUUUAUCCGAUAUUGCUCCUUUUGGUGCGCAUCUGGACUUUGAGGUUUGGACUUGUGCUGAUGAAGGAUCGCUGGAGACCUUGCAGCCACAGAUGUACAAGAACCCGGAUCUUUCAUCUGAACCGGACACUCAGCAGUAUAUCCGUCUGGUUUUGAAUAAUGCUCCUGUUCCAUUUGAUGGGUUUGCUCCUUGCAAUGGCUCGGUCAAUGGAUUUUGCCCACUGGAGAACUUCCUUAGUCACAUUUCUCAGCUCACAGAGGAGGCUCAGUAUGAUGCGGCCUGCUUUGGUGACUACUUCGAGUUGACCAUGGCCGCGGACGGUCAGCCACCUUCAUCUUAA